AAAAUGAGCUAGGUUAGGUUAAAUAAAAAGUUAAAAUGACAUUUAAAUUAAAAAUUGAAAAACAUUGUAUCAAAAAUUAAUUUACAAAAAUAUUUUUAAAAAGAACAAUUGGAAUAAAAGUGAGUUAAAAAAAAAAUCAGCCGUUUGUUUUUUAUAUUUCAAAUUUUAUCGUAAUUUUAAAUGACAGAAAAUUUUAUGAAUAAAAAAGAUGAAUUGUAAAUUAUUUCCCAUAUUUCAAUGUAACCGAAAUAAUUUUGUCUUUAAUAUUAAUCAAAACGAAUCUCACGAUUCUGAAUUUGAUUUAUUUAUUAAGAAAAAAUGGCAAGAGGCUUUAGAUGAUAAUAAUUUUCGAUAUAAAUUAGAUAUUCAAAAAUGGAAAAUACUUAACGGCGAAUAUAAUUAUUUGGCUCAGUUAAAUAUUAAUAGAGCUGAAAAUCGACGUAAACCAGAAGAAAUAUCUUCAAUGUUUCAACCAUUUGAUUUAAAUCGAUUUAAUUUUAAUAAAAUAUCGCAUAAAGAAAUUUUAUUAGAUAUAAAUUGUGGAGAUGGAAACAAUGUAAUUGCAAUUAAUGUUAGUCCAAUUGAACAAUAUCAUUGUUUAUUUAUUCCUCAACGAUUAGAAAAUUUACCACAAAUAAUGACAAAGAAUAGUCUUCAAAAUAUUUUGGAAUUAAUGAUGAUGAGUAAUUCAAUUGAUUUAAGAGCAGCUUUCAAUAGUUUAGGAGCUUUUGCUUCAGUUAAUCAUUUACAUUGGCAUUUGUAUUAUUUACAACAUCGAAUGCCUCUCGAAAAUAUUGAACUUAAUAAUUUUAAUAAUUCACCAAUUCAUUUAUUAAUUGAUUUUCCUGCUAAAGGAUUUUGCGUAAAAUUUUCAUCAAUUGAAAAUAAAUUAAUUAAUAAUUUAACAAAUUGGGUUUUUCUAAUUAUUAAUUAUCUUCAAAAUAAUAAUAUUGCCCACAAUGUUUAUAUUACACGUGGGAAUAGUAAAAAAAAUUCACCACAAAUUUUCGAUGAUAUUCGUAUUUAUAUUUGGGCAAGAAAACACAGUUAUGGUGUAAAAAAUACAAAAGCCUUUUUUCCAGCAGUUUGCGAACUUUUUGGACAUUUAUCAAUUAAAAAUCAAGAGGAGUAUGAUACGUUAACUGAAAUACAAGUAGCUGAAAUUUUUAAGGAUAUCACUGAUGAGACUUUUUGUUCAGUGAAGGAAGAAAUUUCCAAAUUAGUUGGAAAACAAUUAUUACUUGAAAAUAAAAAUUCUUGUGAUAUAUAAAUGAAUUAUUAGAUUGUAAUUGAAUAUACAUAAUUAAUUUUA